UCCUUCCAUCCUCUUGUCCUAGAAAGCUCUCCAUAAUCUGAAUAUUUUUUCCACACAUUCCUUUGUUUUUUGCUAUUCAGAACUAGACAGAAGUAACUUCAAACCUCUGUUGUAAAAUGCAUAGAAAUAAUAACAAGAAGUCUCUCAACAUCUCAAGCAUGUUCCAAAACUUCAUCCCGGACAGCAACAUUUUCUCCCGACGCUGCAUUUGGGUCAACGGUCCCGUCAUCGUCGGAGCUGGCCCAUCGGGCUUAGCUGUAGCCGCCGGCUUGAAACGCGAAGGAGUGCCGUUCAUAAUCCUCGAGCGAGCUAACUGCAUCGCUUCCCUGUGGCAAAACAGGACGUACGAUCGUCUCAAACUCCAUCUCCCCAAACAGUUCUGCCAGCUACCCAACUACCCCUUCCCUGACGAUUACCCUGAAUACCCUACCAAGUUUCAGUUCAUCCAGUACCUUGAGGAGUACGCAACGCACUUCGACAUCAACCCUAAGUACAACGAGACGGUCCAGUCAGCGAAAUACGACGAGACGUUCGGGCUGUGGAGGGUCAAGACCAUUUCCAAGAGCGGGCAGCUCGGUUCUUGCGAGUUUGAGUAUAUCUGCAGGUGGCUUGUGGUGGCUACUGGUGAGAAUGCUGAGAAAGUUGUGCCGGAUUUCGAAGGUCUAGAGGACUUUGGCGGAGAUGUUCUUCACGCCGGUGACUAUAAAUCCGGUGGAAGGUACCAAGGGAAGAAUGUUCUGGUCGUGGGAUGCGGAAACUCAGGCAUGGAAGUCUCUCUUGAUCUCUACAAUCAUGGAGCAAACCCAUCAAUGGUCGUUCGUAGCUCUGUUCAUGUGUUACCGAGGGAGAUUCUUGGGAAGUCCACGUUCGAACUAGGAGUCACCAUGAUGAAGUGGAUGCCGGUUUGGCUCGCGGACAAGACACUGCUCCUACUAGCUAGGAUUGCGUUGGGGGAUACCGACAAAUACGGUCUGAAAAGGCCAAAAAUCGGACCGUUAGAGCUGAAGAACAAGGAAGGCAAAACACCGGUUCUCGACAUCGGGGCACUGCCAAAAAUCAGAUCGGGAAAUAUCAAGAUCGUCCCGGGAAUCAUAAAGUUCGGUCGAGGAAAAGUUGAGCUAGUCGAUGGACGUGUUCUUGAGAUUGAUUCCGUUAUUCUAGCUACUGGUUACAGAAGCAACGUCCCUUCAUGGCUUAAGGACAAUGACUUCUUCUCCGAUGAUGGGAUACCGAAACACCCGUUUCCAAACGGAUGGAAAGGAGAGGCGGGAUUGUAUGCGGUCGGGUUCACGAGAAAAGGAUUGUUCGGCGCGUCGCUGGACGCGAUGAGUGUGGCUCACGAUAUUGCAAACAGGUGGAAAGAAGAAUCUAAGCAACAGAAGAAAACUGCUGCUGCUCGUCAUCGUCGAUGUAUCUCACAUUUCUAGUUUGGAAAAACAAAUAAUAUAAAUAUUAGGGAAGGAAAAAAAAAUACAAAAUGGAGAAAGGGAAAAACAAAAAUUAAGCCCUCUCCUAUGAAGAACAAACCCAAAAAAGAAGUGAAAAUAAAAGAAUAUUUGGGUUUUCUUCUUUAUUUUAUGGAAGAUGUGGCUUUUUUAUAUAUAUUCUGAUUUUUAUUAUAUUGUUUUGAGUGUGCUUUAUUUUCUUCUUGUUGUGUAUUAUUUUCUUCUUCAUUUAAAUUUUGAACUCUGUAAGAAGUUUUGCUUAAUCUA